UAAUAUGAGUCAUGAAUCUCUCGACUCUCUUUAUAAAUAAGUAGUCAUGCCCUCAACCUCAAGGGUCCACCAUAUGGCUUUUGCUGUUUCAACCUUCACUUAAUUUCUCUCUUACAGUUUUACCUUUUUAUGGAGCCAACGCUUUUAUCCACCGGAGCACUUCACAAAAACAUACCCGAAAAUUAUAUCCGACCCGAAUCUCAAAGACCUAAAUUAUCUCUUGUUUCAGAUUGUGAAGAUGUCCCUGUUAUUGAUUUGGGUAUUCACGAUCACUCUCAAAAACUUAAACAAGUCCAUUUUGCUAGUAAAGAUUACGGCUUUUUUCAGGUAAUAAAUCAUGGGGUAUCGAAGGAAAUAGUGAAGGCGAUGCAGAAAAUGGGUCGAGAUUUCUUCAAUUUACCAGCAGAAGAAAAAAUGAAAUUAUAUAGUGACGAUCCAACUAAAACAGUUAGAUUAAGUACAAGUUUUAACGUUAAGAAAGAAGAAGUUCAUAAUUGGAGAGAUUAUCUUCGACUCCAUUGUUGGCCUCUUGAACAAUAUGUUCCUCAAUGGCCUUCUAACCCCCCUUCAUUCAAGGAAAUACUAAGCAUGUACAUAAGAGAAGUAAGAGCACUUGGAUUGAGAAUAGAGGAACUAAUAUCAGAGAGCUUAGGAUUGGAGAAAGAUUACAUAAAGAAUGUGUUAGGAGAUCAAGGACAACAUAUGGCAGUUAACUAUUACCCGCCGUGCCCGGAACCUGAGAUGACAUACGGGUUACCGGGUCAUACCGACCCGAAUGCCCUUACCAUCCUUCUUCAAGACUUGCAAGUUUCUGGUCUCCAAAUCUACAAGGAUGGUAAAUGGCUUGCUGUCAAACCUCAUCCUGAUGCAUUUGUCAUCAAUAUUGGUGAUCAGUUGCAGAUAACAAUGGCUGAGACAGAGAAUGAAAACCAAAAUAAAAAGAAUCUAAAUAAGACAGCCCAUUAUACCUUCAUCCUUCUGAUGGAUCAACUACAGUGAGUGUGGAAAAACUGCAAGGUGUGACUGAUUUCAGAGGAUGGAGAAGGUCCAUGGAAAUAGCUCUAUCUACAAAGAGGAGGCUAGGGUUUGUUAUAGGAGCAGUGAAGAAGGAAGAAAAUGAUGAAGCAAGGGCAAAAAUGAGGAACACUUGCAACGACAUGGUGAUUGCAUGUAUAUUGGGAUCAGUAAGUGAAAGCAUUAAAAAAUCUAUUAUGUUUACUUCUGCUUCUGAUAUAUGGAAACAUCUUGAGAGAAGGUAUUUUUGAUAACUAAUAGAGCAAGAAAAUAUUAGUUGAAUAAAAAUGUGUAUGAUGCAAAACAGAACAACAUGAGUGUGUACUAUAGUUAUAUGCAAGGCAUAUGGGAAGAAUUAGACUCACUGAAUGUUUGGCCAGUGUUGUCUACCGUGUUUGAAAAAAUGCGAAAUUUCUUAGAUGUGUUGAGUAAACAGAGGGAUGAGCAAAAGCUGUUUCAGUUUCUUACUGGGUUAAAUGAAACGUAUAAUGCUCAAAGAAGUCACAUAUUAAUGAUGACUCUUCUUCCUAGUGUAGAGAUAGUGUGCUUUAUGAUUCAACAAGAAGAGAGUCAAAGGAAGUGUGUGUGAAUGGAAAGAAUGAGCAUGAGAUAUCAGCCAUGUAUAGUAAAGGUGUAGAAGUGUGCAAGGCAUGUGGUGUAAAGGGUCAUACUAGUGAUCGUUGUUGGGCUGUCGUGGGGUACCCUAAAUGGCAUCCAAGAUACAAAAGUCAUGGUGGAAACAUUGGUGAUGUUAGAAGUAGAGAUUAAGGAGGAAGAUACAGAAAUAGGGGUGGUAGAGUGAACUAUAAUAGAGGAGGAAAAGUUCAGCAAUAUGCAUGGAGCAGGCACUAGGACUGUAGUGUGCAUGCUGUGUACUUUGAAUAUAUAUGCCUUAAUGGCGUUCUGUAAUGCAAGCAAAAAUUUAAAGGCACGUACCUCUCCUUAUUCACACAAACUUGUGCAAAUUUCAGAAGAAUAUUCUGUCAUCAGAAAGUGUUGCAAUUUCUUGAGGAAAAAGGGUACUCCCUCCGUUUCUAUUUGAUCUUCCUAUUUGGGUAUUUCACAAAGAUUAAGAAAAAGAGAAUCUUUGGUGGUAGUGGGUAUUAUUUUAAUUAUAUAAUAGUGGGAAGUAAUGAUUGUAUUGGAAUAAUGAGAGAGCAAAUAAUUGUAGAUAUAAUUAAAUAAUAUGAUGUGUCGAUUGUACACAAUUGCUACUCAACCAAGUAAUUAUAGUUAAUUUUUCAGAUUUUAAGUCAAGUAAUUGUGUAACAUCUCGGAAUAACUCGGGUCGUACGAAAAGAGAAAAUGACCUUUUAAAAACGAGACAACUAUAAUCCGAGUCAAACCGGAAUGUUAGAAAACAGUUUAAAACGGUUUUGAAGUUAAGGAAAACGUGCGGAUCGAGUUCUAUUAGCGUUAUUAAGAACUACUAGAUAAUAAGAAAUUCUUAGCAGCGGAUAAGAACGAAAAGUUAAAUCUACUUAUUACAACUUGAGAACGAAAGUCGCCUCAUAAAAACCAAAUGUUCUUUAAACUAAAUUUUGAAAUUCUUAUUAAGACUUCUCUACCCUAAUAAUUUAUUUCUUCAAGGGACAAUCCUCACUCCCCAGACCUGCAACUUAACUUACUGCUAGUCAUUGCCCAGAUAGGUAACAACAUCAUCGCAGGGUCGUUAAGACCAAAAGUACACGUCAGCAAACGUCGCAUACCAAAUAAAUAAUAACACAAGAGAAAGAUUUAAUUAAUUAACUGACAAUUCACAGAACCUUACGCUUCGAUCAUGCUUAUUAAGAAUAACUAUUUUCAUGUAAAGGUUAGUCAGCCAUACUGCUGUACUAUCCGACCAUACUGCCGGUACACUCCAAACUCCAUAAGUGAGACAAUACAUUAGGGGGAGCUAACCCCUAAGCAAGUCUCUACCAUAGACACUCGCCUUACUUCGGUGCCUAUGGUUAAGUAUGCAUACCCCCGCGGUGGCUCAUAAUGCCCUCAUAAACCGCGAGUAAUUCAUUUCCACCAAUUGACGUCAUACUACGUCCACUUUAAAGUUAGUGAGGUCAUACUACCUCUGCUUAUCAAACAAUGUAUAAAAAAAUUAUUGAUUCGAAAGAUAACAUUAUCCAUACUAUAUAUCCAUGCUUUACUUUUGUAUACCAUUAUUAUAUGAUACAUCGGACUAAUGCGAACCACACUGCGUGUACAUACCUUAAGCAAAAUAACCAACUCGCAAGCGUCUUAAUCAAUUCCCAGUCACGAAUCGACUUCCUACAAGGUUCAAUCGUAUUCGGGAAAUAAGCACACAUACACAUUUUCCUCAAAUCAUCUAUAAUACACAUAUACAAUCACAUCCAUACCUAGAAUACUACACACAACAUGAACAUCCAUCACAUACUAUAACAUGGUAAAUACACAAAACAGGACAGCCUAUACAAUCUGUCCAGAAACUCAACUUAAAACUGUCAAAUUAAAAAUCCGAUUUCACCGUUGCGUCCGGAAGGCGUCAAAACCCCCGGGUACCAAUUUUCAUAAUUUAUAACAUAUUAUAAGUAUUUUUAACUUAAUUUCAAAGCCAAAAAUGCUCCAAAAACACAUUUUUUUCACCAUUUUCAAAACCUACGGGAUUUCAUUUUUUUAUCACAAAAAUAUAAAUUUCAAUCCUUUAUUUCCUAUUAAAUCUAAACAAUAAAAUUUAUAUAAUUUUCAUGAUCACAUACAAAAAUAAAUUUUAAUUAAUUAUAUAUUUUUUUCCUCAAAAAUAAUUCUUUUUGCACAAAUGUACACACACAAACACAUCACAUAUAUACAUGUAUAUUUCU